GUUGUAAAAUAGUGGCGGAGAAAAAGAAGAAGAAGGAGGAGAAGCGGAUAGUAGCUGGUUUAGCUAAACUCGGAGGAACCGGGAGUCGUGUCCGGGGGGAGGAAGACUCAGCGAGCUCUGUGGACAUGGAGGAAGACAACAGCGAACAGAUGAGACCGCUCCUCACAUCUACUUCCAGGUUUGUAGUUCGCUCUGACAGACGCUCAAUGAAGCAACACACUCUGCUAUAAAUACACGAGUCACAGGCGACGGCGUCUGUAUUCACUUACUGAUCCUGGACGACCUGCAGAGUUUUUCUGUUUGGAUUCAGACCAGGCUCGGGCUGCGAUGGCAGGCUUCUGGGGAGAUAUUGCGAGUCAGAGGGUUGCCAGAGCGAUGUCGCUGGGCAACGAUGAGGAGGCGGUGCUGGACCAGGGGAAGACCAGCUCCACCCUCUACACCAACUUUGAGAAGGAAGAGCUGGAGAGUCACAGAGCCGUAUACGUGGGCGUCCACGUCCCUCUGGGCCGCGAGAGCCGGAGACGCCAUCGACACCGAGGACACCGACAUCACCGGAAACGGCGCGACCGCUCGGACCGGGAGGACGGACGCGAGUCGCCCUCGUACGACACGCCGUCCCAGAGAGUCCAGUUCAUCCUGGGGACGGAGGACGACGACGAGGAGCACAUUCCCCACGACCUGUUCACCGAGCUGGACGAGCUCGCCUUCCGAGAGGGACACGUCCAGGAGUGGAAGGAGACGGCCAGGUGGCUGAAGUUCGAGGAGGACGUGGAGGACGGGGGCGAGCGCUGGAGCAAACCCUACGUGGCCACGUUGUCCCUCCACAGCCUGUUUGAGCUGCGAUCCUGCAUCAUGAACGGCACCGUCCUGCUGGACAUGAGGGCCAACACCAUCGAGGAGAUCGCAGACAUGGUGAUUGACAGCAUGGUGGCGUCGGGGCAGCUGGAGGAGGACGUUCGUGAGAAGGUGAGAGAGGCCAUGUUGAAGCGCCACCACCACCAGAACGAGAAGAAGCUGAGUAACCGCAUCCCGCUGGUUCGAUCCUUCGCCGACAUCGGCAAGAAACACUCGGACCCUCAUCUGCUGGAGCGCAACGGUUUGCUGGCGUCGCCUCAGUCGGCUCCUGGAAACCUGGACACCAGCAAGAACAGCGACGGUCGCAUCAACGCCGGCAACGGAGGCAGCCGAGAGAACAGCACGGUGGACUUCAGCAAGGUGGACAUGAACUUCAUGAAGAAGAUUCCUCCCGGUGCCGAGGCCUCCAACGUCCUGGUAGGUGAAGUGGACUUCCUAGAGCGGCCGAUCAUCGCCUUCGUUCGUCUGGCUCCUGCCGUGCUGCUGACCGGCCUCACCGAGGUCCCUGUACCCACCAGGUUUCUUUUCCUGCUGCUCGGCCCGUUUGGAAAAGGUCCCCAGUACCAUGAGAUCGGCCGCUCCAUCGCCACCCUGAUGACCGACGAGAUUUUCCACGACGUCGCCUACAAGGCGAAGGACAGGAACGACCUGCUCUCCGGCAUCGACGAGUUCCUGGACCAGGUCACCGUGCUGCCUCCGGGCGAGUGGGACCCCAGCAUUCGGAUCGAACCCCCGAAGAGCGUCCCGUCUCAGGAGAAAAGGAAGAUGCCAUCGGUCCCCAACGGCUCCGCCCACCACUCUGACACCGUGAAGGAGGCGGAGCAUGAAACGGGACCGGAGCUCCAGAGGACGGGGAGGAUUUUUGGGGGUUUGGUGAACGACGUCCGGAGAAAAGCUCCGUUCUUCUGGAGCGACAUCAAAGACGCCGUCAAUCUGCAGUGUUUGGCGUCCGUCCUCUUCCUCUACUGUGCCUGCAUGUCGCCCGUCGUCACGUUUGGAGGUUUGCUGGGAGAAGCCACCAAAGGAAACAUAAGUGCCAUAGAGUCUCUGUUCGGGGCGUCUCUGACCGGCGUGGCCUACUCUGUGUUUGCUGGUCAGCCUCUCACCAUCCUGGGAAGCACUGGUCCAGUUCUGGUCUUUGAGAAGAUUCUCUUCAAGUUCUGCAGUGACUACGGCCUGUCCUACCUGUCUCUGAGGACCAGCAUCGGGCUGUGGACGGCCUUCCUCUGCCUCCUGCUGGUGGCCACCGACGCCAGCUCCCUGGUCUGCUACAUCACCCGCUUCACCGAGGAGGCCUUCGCCGCCCUCAUCUGCAUCAUCUUCAUCUACGAGGCCCUGGAGAAGCUGGUCCACCUCGGGGAGCUCUACCCCAUCAACAUGCACAACGAGCUGGACAACCUCACCUCAUACACGUGUCGAUGUUCUCAGCCUGCCAACGUCUCGGCUGCCGCCCGGCAGAUCUGGAGCAGCAGAAACACGACGUUAGAAAACAUCGAGUGGGAGCAGCUGAGUGUGAAGGACUGUCUGGAGUUGAAGGGGGAGUUCGUUGGGUCGGCGUGUGGCCACGAGGGUCCGUACGUCCCCGACGUCCUCUUCUGGUCCGUCAUCCUCUUCUUCACCACCUUCUUCCUCUCAGCCUUCCUCAAACAGUUCAAGACCAAGAGAUACUUCCCCACCAAGGUCCGAUCGUCCAUCAGUGACUUCGCCGUCUUCCUGACCAUCCUGAUCAUGGUGCUGGUGGAUUAUCUGGUGGGAGUUCCUUCACCCAAACUCAACGUACCCGACCGCUUCCAGCCCACGUCCAACACUCGGGGGUGGCUGAUCUCUCCCCUGGGACCGAACCCCUGGUGGACGCUGCUGGCCGCCUCCAUCCCCGCUCUGCUCUGCACCAUCCUCAUCUUCAUGGACCAGCAGAUCACGGCCGUCAUCGUCAACCGCAAGGAGAACAAGCUCAAGAAAGGCUGUGGCUACCACCUGGACCUGCUGGUGGUGGGGCUGAUGCUGGGCGUGUGCUCCGUCCUGGGGUUGCCGUGGUUCGUUGCCGCCACCGUCCUCUCCAUCUCCCACGUCAACAGCCUGAAGCUGGAGUCGGGAUGCUCCGCCCCCGGAGAGCAGCCCAAGUUCCUGGGCAUCCGAGAGCAGCGGGUCACCGGCUUCAUGAUCUUCGUCCUCAUGGGCUGCUCCGUCUUCAUGACGUCCGUCCUCAAGUUCAUCCCCAUGCCGGUCCUCUAUGGAGUCUUCCUGUACAUGGGAGUGUCCUCGCUCAAAGGCAUCCAGCUCUUUGACCGUCUCAGAUUGUUCGGCAUGCCGGCCAAACACCAGCCAGAUCUCAUCUACCUGCGCUACGUCCCUCUGUGGAAGGUCCACGUCUUCACCGUGGUCCAGCUGUCCUGUCUCAUCGUCCUCUGGGUCAUCAAAGCCUCGGCUGCUGCCGUCGUCUUCCCCAUGAUGGUCCUGGCUCUGGUUUUCAUCCGGAAGCUUCUGGAUUUCUGCUUCACUAAGAGAGAGUUGAGCUGGUUGGACGACCUGAUCCCAGAGAGCAAGAAGAAGAGGGACGACGACAAGAAGAAGAAGGAGAUGCUGGAGGAGGACGAGGAGCUUCCCUUUGAAAGAGGAGGAAUCCUCAAGUUCCCCAUCAAAGGCCGCAUCGACCCGUCGGAGGUGAACAUCUCGGAUGAAAUGGCCAAAAGUGGCAUCUGGAAAUCUGUUUCUAAGAACUCUGACAGCAGCAAAGCUCUGAAACGGAGCAUCAGCCAGGACAAGCUGCCGAGCAUUCAGAUAAAUGUGGAGAUGGAGGACGGCCGUGGAGCCGUGGACGCCGAGACGUCGCUGUGACGCGUCGCUGUGAUUCGUCGGCGUGACUCGUCUCAUUUUGCUGGAGGACCAAUCGUACUGAUCAGCCUGCGUUUUCUCAGACGAGGUGAACGUUUUAUUUUCUCAUCGUUUUAUGGUGAAACACGGAGACUCCGCCCCCGUCCUCAGGUUGGUCCGGAGCCCUGACCAGAGGCGGACGCCCCGUUCUUCAGACUGAUGAAGUUUUAAUUUGAAACGUUCUGCUUUCAUGAAGCAGACGAAGCUCUUCACCUCCGACAGGUUUUUAUUUAAUCCACCGUGCUGAUUGAAGUUGUUUCUGUGUGUGAUCUCUGUUGAACCUCGUUACUGCAGCGGAGGAACUGGACGACCGCUGUUUGAUUUCUCUGUCAAGUUUCAAUAAAGUCAGUUUGGUGGAUCAGAGUCUGAGAUCAGAUUCAGAUCCACAGAACUUUAUUUAUCCCAA